CUUUGACACUGGCCCCGCCUCGGUCUGGGGGAAUGCGGCCGUGUUUACAUUCGCGUCUCUCGGGUCAGCACCCUCCAUCCAUCCAGGAGAACCACCCGCGGUACUGUCGGAGCUCCAGCGGCGGAGAGACGGGCUGCUGCUGACGGGAAACACGCUCUGAUCCCCGGGCACUGCCUCUGUCGACACCGCGCUGCUCUCCACUCCACUUUCUCCAAAAGUUUCUGCGCAGAGGAGGAGGAGAAGAGGCCCCUGUGUUACCCUGACUCAGACGCCAUAGUUUUUCACAUUUACAGACAGAAACAAGGAGGAAAAGUCAAAAUAAACCACCAUCACCAGCGCGGAGGAAAAAGAGGACUAGCUUUAGCAUCAGCUCGACACUUCCGCGGUGUGAAGGAUCAGACCGGACACUAUGGAUAUGGACACGCAGACACAAGGACAGCAAGCGGCCGUGCCCGUGUUUCAGCACCAGAAACCCCUGCAGCCGGACAUGGGCCAUAACUCUCUGGCAAACUUCCAGAUCGAAAAGAAGAUCGGACGGGGACAGUUCAGUGAAGUGUACAGGGCCAGAUACCUGCUGGACAACACGUCUGUGGCCCUCAAGAAAGUCCAGAUAUUUGACUUGAUGGACGCCAAAGCCCGCCAAGAUUGCAUCAAAGAAAUAGAUCUGCUGAAGCAACUGAACCAUCCCAACGUCAUAAAAUACCACGCGUCGUUCAUCGAAGACAACGAACUGAACAUCGUUUUGGAGCUGGCGGACGCGGGGGACCUCUCACGUAUGAUCAAGCACUUUAAGAAGCAGAGGAGGCUGAUCCCAGAGAGGACUGUGUGGAAGUACUUUGUCCAGCUCUGCAGCGCCUUGGAACACAUGCACUCCAGAAGAGUCAUGCACAGAGACAUCAAACCUGCAAACGUCUUCAUCACAGCGACAGGAGUGGUCAAACUGGGAGACCUGGGCCUGGGACGAUUCUUCAGCUCCAAAACCACAGCGGCUCACUCACUGGUGGGGACCCCUUACUAUAUGUCACCGGAGAGGAUACAUGAAAACGGAUACAACUUCAAGUCUGACAUCUGGUCGCUGGGCUGCCUGUUGUACGAGAUGGCCGCCCUGCAGAGCCCUUUCUACGGAGAUAAGAUGAAUCUUUACUCCCUCUGCAAGAAGAUCGAACAGUGCGACUACCCCCCUCUCCCUUCGGAUCACUACUCGGAGGAGCUGAGAAACCUGGUAGACAUGUGCAUAAACCCCGACCCCGAGAAGCGGCCGGACAUCACCUACGUGUACGACAUCGCGAAGCACAUGCAGAACCUGACCCAGGGCAGCUAAAGCUAACGGCUAACGGCUAACACCCUGGCCCCUCCCCCUUACGCCUCCUCGUCCAAUCAGCAUCAACGUACACUCGACACGCCGGACCUGUGCACACCGCUCAGCUUUACCAUGGCAACCGGAAAGUUCAUAGAAAUAAUGUUUUUAAAUGGUAUGUAACAUAGUUUUUACUAAAUAUUACGAGUUAAAAUGACUUUAUUGUUCAGAAAAACCUGCGUAUCUCACCGUUUUCUGGGUAUUUCUCGGGUUUUCGCCGUCGUUUUUCUUGAUUUUAAAUUGAAAUAUGACAAAAAAAGUACCACAAUUACAAAUAUUUUAGCUUGAAAUGGAAAGAAAUAUUGAAGAAAUGAACAAACUUAUCACAGUUUCUACCUUACAUUAAAGCUGCAAGAUUUAUCGCCAUGGAAACGAAAUCGCAAUUUGGAUGGACCCACUUAUAAAAUCUUUAAAAAAUGCAGUUUUUUGGGUUUUUUGUCCAUAAAAACAUAAUUUUCUCCACAAACAACAACAUCUCUGGUCUUAUUCUGCGUAAAAACUGCUAACCCUGUAGUUUAUAUCUGUGCAAACAUGUUCUAGUCUUUUUGUCAAUUCCUCCGUACGUGUUUAAAAUCCGUUAAAUCUAAUCCAAUGCUUUUUUUGAUAUUUUCCCCAAAUUGUUCAACCCUGUUUUACAUCUACGUGCAAAAGCAAACACCAGGAUUUGCAAUUUUUCUUUUUUAAAAUCAAGAUUCAGUUCACAGCGCACAUUUUAAACACGUCCAACAGCAUUAACAUUUUAGAAAACACCUAAAUUAUUAACCGAUAAACGAAUACAAGAAUAUCAUGCAUUUCAGAGCGGGUUUGUAGAGGUUUAAGCUACAGGGUUAGCAGCUUUUUACAUAGAAUAAGACUCCAUGGAGACAGAGGGAGGGCAUCUGACACAUUGGGGCAUAUUGUAGAGGUUUAAGCUACAGGGUUAGCAGCUUUUUACAUAGAAUAAGACUUAAUGUAGACAGAGGGAGGGCAUCUGACACACUGGGACAUAUUGUAGAGGUGUAAGCUACAGGGUUAGCAGCUUUUUACAUAGAAUAAGACUCCAUGGAGACAGAGGGAGGGCAUCUGACACAUUGGGGCAUAUUGUAGAGGUUUAAGCUACAGGGUUAGCAGCUUUUUACAUAGAAUAAGACUUAAUGGAGACAGAGGGAGGGCAUCUGACACACUGGGGCAUUUUCUAGAGGUUUAAGCUACAGGGUUAGCAGCUUUUACACAGAAUAAAACCCUAUGAAAAAGGAAUAUUAUAUUUUUUUUGUAAAAGACAUUAAGUUACCUAAAUCAUUUCAGCUUUUCCUCUUUUAUAUUCUUUAUUUUUGCAAAUUUUCCAGCCAAAUUGUAAUUUCUAUUCAAUUAUGAUUAAACAUGUAGCUCAUUUUCUAGUUUAGUUUAUGUUGUUUUGGGGUUUUUUUGUCGUUAUUUCACACUGAAUCAUCAUUUUUGUAAAUAAAUUUGACAGUAAAACAAAAAUAACACCUGGAUUAUACCCGGACGACUGCGGGAUUACACAGAUACACUUGAUCAAGAGUUUUAUUCUGAAUUUGAAGUCAUUUUAACUGUUUAUUCAGAGCAGGUCAUUCCCGUAUUUUUCUGUACACGUGUAUUGCGUGUGCGUACGAUGAUGGUAUGAGGUCGUCUUGAGGAUGUAGAUAUUAAAGUGUAGAACUAAGUGUUAAAGGCUAAAGGGACGGGGGUUGCACUUUGAGUCGGCAGCGUAUGUUAAAAUUAAACGAAUGCAUCUAUAAGGGAAGGAUAUAUAUGUCAGAAUAUAGACGUUUAGAUUAUGAAACGCCAUGGAGAUAGUUUUAUAAAGCUUUAAAAGUUCGUAAACCAGCGCGUACUAAGUAGAAAGGAGGUGGAAGUGAAGUGGAACAUCCGCCCCACCCAUUUCCACGGUGAUAUAAUCUUAUUUUUUGAGGGUUUUUCCAAGUCGCGAGAGUCAAUAAAUACUGACAGAUGACGACGUGCGCGUACAUCGCAGACUGUAUAUGUAAACGGACAUAGCUAAACCCGCUAGCCGCCGCGUUACGAAUAGAAAAUGAGCGUGAGCGGCUCCGUUUUGACCCGCUCUACGCGAUUUUGACGUUUUUAUUUCGCUAUGAACAGUAAUAACAGACAAAUCAGACGCCUUCUUUUCCCCCCGCUAACGUUAGCAACAGCAUUGAUUAACGGAGUUGCUAACCCGUCCGCUUCACGCUAAACCGGUUGGCGUGGGCGACGAGGGGCGCUACCUUCAACAUCCUCGCUCCGGAUUGGCUCUUCGGUUGCUCUGAUACUCGCUGACAGAAUUAUAAAUACGAAACUCGGCUCCAGAUUAGCCGCUAUAACCGCUAGCGUCGACGAGCUCGGGUGACGUCGCGCUCACUCAGUCCAUUUCUUUAUACAGUCUGUGGUUUACGUCGAUAUCUCUACGUCCUGUAAAAGUGUAAAAUUAUGGUGUGUUAAUAUAUCUGGGCAGUCAUACUUCAGCCGUUAGCUUAGCCGUUAGCUUAGCCGUUAGCUCGGAGGUUCUCAAUGUGUUUUAUUCACACAUUCUGUUUCACAUUCUUACUCCAGAGGUUCCCGUUCGGUCCGAUUUAUUUUUGUAAAACCCCCAAAAUCACAACAGCGGUCGCCGAGUCUUAGGAAAAUCGAUUUAACUGAGAGAAACUUAGAAAAUCAACAAUGAAACAGAAACAGAAACAAAAAACAAGCAAAUUAUUCAACAGAAAAACAACCAAACGGAGAAGUGACUAAAAAAACACUGUCCCAGAACCUUAGAUCUUCAUUCUCGGCAAAGAAAUACUAAAAAAAAACAAACCAGCCUGUCUCGAUAAUUACUAUAUCGAGUUAUUGUUCAAUAUAUAAAACCUCGAAUCACCGAUUUUGGGCCUCGAUAUUUAUCAUUUGUACCUUUUCUUAGUUUUUUUUGUCAUAAAAUAUAAGAUCUGAGCUGCGGAGAAUUGAAUAAGUUCCUUCUACAGCUAAUUAUUGGUACAUUCUGCUGCUUAUUUGUUUGUUUUUUUAACAAAACAUUUGAUUUAAAAAGGUUCACUAGGAUUAUGUUGCACUAUUUUAAUCUAAAUCAGAGGCUUAAAGUAGUUUCGAUAGUGUCGUUUAUUGCGAUACUUCUCUGUAAAUGCUUCAAAAGUGAAUACGUUCUAUAUGGACUAAAUACUUUAUAUCAGAUUUUAGCUGCAAAACUUUUCACAAAUUCGUGGAUCGGUCACAUUUAGAGGUGAAAGUGGGCGGGGCUUCCAAAUAAGAUCGUAUAUAUAGUGCGUCUGGUAUUGUUCCAUUCGAUUAGAUUCUCUGUGGACCAAUUUUUUAACCAAAUUUUCCUCUUUUUUUUUGUUUUUAAUCAACGUUUUUACAGCGAAAAUCAAGUGGUUUCGAAAUGUUUGCAUUUUGACGUCAGAAAAUUCACAUCAAUAAACCCUUUGUCAUUUUUUAUCCCAAAUAAAAUCAAAUUCUAAUCAAUUUUUCUCAUUCGUAAGAGCAGAAAGACGUUUAAAACACAUCUGCGUUACUUUCUCUGUAUAAAAAAACAACGGUAUUAGUUUAGUCCGAGCAAAAUGUGGUAUGACUGUCCAGGUAUUUUAUUAUUUUUUUGUGGUUUUUUUUGCACAAAUGCUUUAAAAACCUGUCAAUCCUGAGAAUCCAACCGCGAUAAAUGUAAGUUUCUUGACGUAGUGAAGUGUAAUCUGUUGGUUAAACUCGCAGUAAGAGCCUGAUUGGACUUGAGUGGUGUUUUUUGUAAAUACUGAAGGAGUUUUAGCAGGUCCGGUUUACUCCACACUGACCUCCAUGGGGUUUUACUCUCACCACAUGGAAGGCUUGUAGCUUUUAGCGCAGUGUAUUUUUGAACGCGUUUUACCAAAGUCCCUGUUUUAAAACGGUGUUAAACAAAUCCAAGUUGUGUUUUUUUUUUUCUCUUUGUUUUGUAGUUGGAUUUUAUUACGUGCGGCGCAAAACCAUAAUAAGUUAUUUAGUCCUGGUUAACACAUUUGAUUGUUUUUGUCGUUUCUUCGCAGCUUUAGCUUAGCCGUCUGCGUAAAGUAAGAUUAAAGGAGCUGUGUGUAGCGUGCGGUUUUACACGGUCUGAACGUGCGUCGCCAGAUAAACGGACGCUUUGCUGGUUCGUGAUUGGCUGAAAGUGCUGGGGUUUAAGGUCGCGACGGUUCGGUUUGGAUUUAAAGCAACGGGAUUUUAGAAUUGAAACUGGCAGCUCCAAUGAGAGACUGGUGUGAGGCUCAUUCUGCUUUCUGAUUGGAUAAUUGUCAUAAGAAACAUUUAACGUAUUUUCUGGAGUAUAAGUUGCACCAGCCAAAAAAUGUAUAAAAAAGAAGAAAAAAAACAUAUUUCACAUAUAAAUCACAUCUGAGUAUAAGUCAAACCAGCCAAAAAAUGUAUAAUUAUGAAGAAAAAAACAUACUUAGAUGUGAUUUAUAUGUGAAAUAUAAGUCGCGCCAGCCAAAAAAUGCAUAAUUAUGAAGAAAAAAACAUUGUCAUUCACAUAUAAAUUGCAUCUGAGUAUAAACAUUCUCAUUCUGCUUUCUGAUUGGAUAAUUGUCAUAAGAAUAAUUUAACGUAUUUUCUGGAGUACAAGUCGCGCCAGCCAAAAAGUGCAAAUUAAUGAAGAAAAAAAAACAUAUUUCACAUAUAAAUCACAUCUAAGUAUAAGUCAAACCAGCCAAAAAAUGCAUAAUUAUGAAGAAAAAAAACAUUGUCAUUCACAUAUAAAAUGCGUCUGAGUAUAAACAUUCUCAUUCUGCUUUCUGAUUGGAUAAUUGUUAUAAGAAACAUUUACCAUAUUUUCCUGAGUAUAAGUCGCACCAGCAAAAAAAUGCAUAAUAAUGAUGAAAAACACAUAUAUUUCACAUAUAAGUCGCGCACCUCGGCCAAACUAUUUAAAAAAGUGCGACGUAUAGUCCAGAAAAUACGGUAAAUAAACAACUAAACAACCCAUCGUGUCCAAACUUUUCUAACACUGAUU